AGCAGCCAAACAGCAAGCAUUUACAGUCCAAUCUUGAAUUUAUUUUACACUCAUCUACUGCAUGACUGCCCUUCUGCAAGUCCGUCAGGAUCCUCAAAAAGGUCGUUGUUUCUUUACCAGUGCUUCUGUUCGUGCAGGUCAGAUUGUACUUGAAAGUCAUGCCUAUGGGUUUGUGGUGGAUACCAAAUCACUCUUGGUGGUGUGUUCCAAUUGUCAUCAACAGCCUGUCUUGGUAGACGGAGUGGCAGUGGAACAGCAUCUACGUGAGCCAUUGCCUUACUCUUGUUCUUCUGUAAGACAGUCGCACGUACAUGCCAAUUCUUCAAAUUCUCCCAUGAGCGGAUCUGGUGGUUCCGCCUUAUCGCCAGAUACAAAAAACCCCGCUGUUUCAGACCUGUCCAAUAUCAAUAGUUCGGAUACAAACCCCGUUUUGGACUCGACCUGUUGUAACUUGCUGCGUUACUGCUCGCUUGCUUGUGCUCAUACCGACUAUGAACGCUUUCAUCGUUUUGAAUGCGAUCUGCUCAAGGAAUGGCAUAGCGAUCCAACUCAUUACAUGUAUCAGGCAUCUGAUUAUGUUCGGGACUAUUCUCGUUUAAUGUUGCGAAUUAUUACCCGUUCUGGUUGGGAAUCCUAUUAUCGACUCAUGGAACGACUUCAUCGCGACCCUAUGGUCCAAGCAGCCGAGCAUAAUCAUCAUGCUCAUUCCCAUGUAGAAUCCCAUAAAUCUCACGACAAACACCAUGAUACGCAUCGUAGCAAGCAUCACGACGCAGUUCAAGUGCCUUGGAUUUAUCCAUUCACCUUUCAAGACAGUAUCUGGCCUUUGUGCGAUAAUGUGCGUCUUUUUCCACACGAUCGAUUACAAUCGUUCAAGCCUUUGGCUGCAUUGUUGACUCGGUUUGCUAAAGAUCAUCCACUUCAUCCUGAUCUUCCUGAUCCAGAAUCUGACCUCCAUGCAUACCUAACCGACCUUGGCAUCACUUGCUCCCCAUUAGAAUCAUUAAUGAUGUUGUUGAUUUGCAAAGAAGAGUGCAAUUCGUUUGGUGUAUACACGUUCAAUUAUACUGGUUCAAAAACUGAACGGCAGAGUUAUGGUCUUGGUGUCUAUCCAAGUGCCGUGUACUUUAACCAUUCGUGCAAACCCUCGGUUGGCCACGUUGCUCGAAGCCUUCCAGAUACAGAUGUGACUCGAAGUGGAUCGGCUACUAAUCUUGCCAAACUCACUGAUACAGGCAUGUCUAUGUUUGGAUCUACUAUACUGUUUUUUGCCACUAGAAAUCUUGAACAAAACGAAGAAGCAAUGAUUGCGUAUUUACCCCUUGAAGGCACGCUCGAGCAUCGUCAAAAAGCAAUCAAAGAUAUCUUUUACUUUGAAUGCAACUGUGAAAGGUGUUUAGAGGAAACACUAGAAAAGAAUAAGUCGCCUACUGCAGUACAGACCGAUAUCACUGCAUCUGCCAUGAAGGAUCAAAAGAGUCCAUUGCAUCAAACCAUUGAAACGUUUGGGCUUUGUCUUUGUCGUGAAAUAGGGUGUCAUGGCUGGUUAGUUCCUGCUCAUCUGUCGCAUAUGGGAGGUUUAAAAAAGAAACCGAGCGUUUCAGCCAAUCAUUCCAACGACACGAACACCAGUACUGGUUCCGAGCCAGAUUUAAAAACUGUGUGGAUCUGUGAGGGAUGUGGUCAUGAGUCUAGCUAAUACUACUGAAUACUGCAAUGAUUGCCAUGUCAAUAAAUAUCGACAAAAUUUCUUUCCACGU